CUUCGCAAACACCUUUAGAGUCAUAUGUAAAGUUCGUUCUUGCCUACAUCUAGGUACCUAGUAGUCAUUACCUAUCGGUCCCAGGGUUUCUCACAAGUUCUCAUCGAUCGUAUCUUCCAAAGGCAUCUCAGCCUCAAAGCCAAAAGUAUUGUUAAUCAAUCCUAUACUAAGAGUGUUCCUAAACUUGUAGGGAGCCUGUUUUAAACAAACCCCUGGACGUCACUCAGAUAUCUAGGUGCCUACUUGGCAUUUAUCCGCAUCAUGUUCAAUGGCUCAGACUGUACGGUGAUCACAUAUUUCAUAGCCUCCCAAAACGCUCUCGGGAAUUCGUAUUCAAGCCCACGAGGAUGGCCAUGUAGCCUCCCAUCAUGCGGUGUUACCACCAGAGGGAGGGGGGAGCGAAGCGUGGCGUAGGUUUUACAUUGUGAUGUCUUACACUCAUGUCUUAUCCCGGUAGACACCGAAUGGGCACCGAGUCUGUCCUCCUGAAAGCCAUUAGACAGUUCUGUUUAAUAUAAGCCCGAGAAGACUUCAGCAACUCACUCAACUAAACUAUUCUUCCCCAUUGCCACCAGUGGGUAGUGAGGGCUGCAUGACCAUGGCUAGUACAGAAUACCAAAAGCACCGACUUGACCAACCCGGACUCGAAGUCGCGCAGCAUAGCAACCUAGAAGUUAUACCAAAUGAGUCUGAAUCAGGUCUUCAAGCAGCUUACAUAUCCAAACUACCAUAUUCGCUUCUACCAGAAGAUGAGUACGGACAUACGGGAUUAUCCCGAGCAGAAAUUGCAACAGAAUCCGCGGGGGAUAACACAACCCACAAUGCAGCAGACGAUAGCAGUCCACGAGCCAAAGGAAAGAAUAUCAAGAAAAUUUUUCUCAUUGCACUCGGCCUUGCUCUAGUUAUCGUUGGUGUGGUAGUUGGCGCUGUUGUUGGGACUGAACAGAACCGGUCGUCGCAAAGUACGGCAGGGCAGAAUAUAACACCUAACACUACAGAUCCUAGUGGCUUAGGAGAUGGAAGCUCCGGGGCGCGUAUGACUGGUAGUUCUACAUUUGUGACACCCGGCCUGUCGCCAACGGCCAUCUCCUGGGGUUAUCCUCACCUCGAAAUAUUUGCCGUAACACCUAAUACUUCGAGCUCAAUUCAUCGUAAAUACCGCAAUUCUAACGCGACGUCCGAUACACAAUUCUUCCCCGAAGGAACAGAUAUGGAGGACGUGGGCGAUAGUAGCGAAUACAACAACGUGUCGUCUCUUGCUGUCAAUCGUCGGUUAAAAGGUGAUACGAAUCAAACAGAAAUUUACUUUAGUAAUGAAAACGGUGCAAAUUAUCACGCAUUUCAUGAAUCGAACGAAUACUGGUCUGGUCUGUGGACGUUCCAGGAUCAUAUGGUCGGCGCCCUCACCGAAGUACGGUUCACUCCGUCCCUUGGAAUAAUAAAGGUCUUCUUCUUAGACCUAGUUAGCUCAGGGCUUUCGGUCUUUUACUAUCAGUGGGGCCCCGAAGAGGAGUGGGUUGGUCCAACGUCAGUUGUUGGGCCCCAGGUGCAACGCAUGGCACCUUCGGUAAUUGCGUGGAAUAAUGAUAAUACACGGCUGGAUAUGUUCGUGGUAUCUAACUCAAACAAUCACCUGUUGCACGCAUCCUGGGAUUCCGAUACAGACCACUGGUCCGAUUUUGAGGACUUGCAUGGCUUCGUCACGACACCGCCAGUGGCUGUCUCGCGCAGUCCGGGAAUUAUCGACGUAUUCGCUCUCGGCGGUGACUCGGGACUUUGGCACAUCUCAUACAAUAAUCUGAACGGGACCAAUAGGGCCAACAAUGGGACUUGGUCCCGUUGGAAUCGCAUCAGUGAUAACAGGAAAAUCCAGGGUCAGCCAGACGCCAUCAGCAUCACUUCGGAUAAGCUGGACGUGUUCGCUUGGGGGGAUGAUUCUUCUCUGCUUCAUAAGAGCUACGACAGCGCAUCGCAAACAUGGACGCCCGAAGACGACUUUGAGGUUCUGAUAGAAGGCACACUUUCGGGGCCCCCUAAAACUGUGGAUGAUGGAUCAGGCAAUAUUCAUAUAUUCGCCUAUGACAACCUAAACCGGCUGAUUUGGAGGGUCUUGGGCCCGUCAUUGUUAAAUGGCACGACGGUCGUAUUAGCAAAUGUCCCUAUGGGGUCUGGUUGAUGUCAUUGUUGAGUAGGUGUAUAUGUGGAAUAGGGGACUCGAAUGUAAAAUAGAUAUUGGCUGCUUGUAAUAUCAAUUGUCUGUAUUUGGAAUUGUGUUUAUAUAGAGCUCUUUAUAUACGACCAUCUAACUGGUCGUAUCAAUGUCGAGAGAGAAAGGGCAUGGUAUCUAGUUUAUAGUCGCUAAGAUGGCGACGUGGGAUACCCAGAAGGCCUUAAUCUUGGCAUUUUCCUCUCCUUCAUCGAGGAACUAUAUGUUAGAAGAGUUAAAGGGGAGGCUUUGAUAAUCUUGUCAAUAGAAGGUCCUAAGUUUACGAUCAUUGUUGAGGAAAUAACUAUCUUCCAAGGUUG